AUGAGUUUAGAGUAUGAGAAGGAGGUGCUUGUAGAACGUUUGAGGCCAAAGGUGAGGUUUGCUGUUUUCAACUCUGUCUUUAUAUUUUAGACAUUGUUUCAGUGUUUUCAGCAGUAUAAAGCAAGCUGAUAAAGGUUCACUUCUUAUGAUGUCUUCUCUUUUAACUCCUGAUGUACAGAUCUUUCCUGCCACUGCUGGAGAUUAUGAAGGGGUCAUGGCAAUCUCAGAAGGGAUCUACAUGGGGGUGGAUUACUUGCCAUACCGAUACCACACAUGGCUGAAGGACUCUCAGAGGAGGAUGUUUGUUGCCAAAUCAGAGGGCAAAGUGGUGAGUGUGAGGGAUUACAUUAAUUAAAGACACCUUAUUGAACUUACUGGAUAUCAAACCAAUGGAAAUAAUUAAUUAGUGACGUAACGUGCAUUUUCUUUCUUGACAUGAUUGUGGUCUCUAUUUUUAGGUGGGGUUCGACUCCUUCUUAUUGGUUGAUGGUGGUAUUACAGCUGUCGUGCAGGGUCUUCGUGUUGCCGAUUGGAUGAGAGGUUGUGGAGUGGCUGGGAUACUUCAAAGGUUUUGCUUUAAAACCUUACGUUCAGACCAUUCCAAUGUCACCAGAAUUCGUCUGACUACUGUAGAAAACCCACCUGCGACCAUGUUGAAUACGUAUCAAAUUAUACACUCCAAGGUGACCUCAUUGCAUCUAAUCCAUUAUCUCUCUACAAUCUUUUUCUAGCUUUUUAUUUCAUAUGCUUCAUCUUUUUAGGUGUUCAUCCUUUGAUUUGUGUAUUUACAAUAUAUGACUCCUUUUGAAUUUUCAAAGCUAAACAAUUUCAUAAUUUUCUAUGCUGAUCAUGUAAGUUUAAUAACGGUCACUAUACCAAAGCUGCUAAACAAAAGCAUCUACAUUUAAAAAGAAGAUAUUCAAAAAGAGACAUUUUAAAGAAGAACUGUCAUCAGUUUUUUUUUUGUUUUUUUUUUUAUAAAUACCUUAUAUGUAUUAUUUUGUAAUAUACACAUGUAAGUAAAUACCUAUUGUUCAGUAUAUCUACUGGUUUACCCUUUCUCUUGGGGGUGGCCAUAAGUCCUCUUUGGUUGAAAGGUCCACUUAUCAGACUGCAGAUCAUGGACAAUUGAUCAAAAAGGCACAAAUGCAUCCUGGCACCAGGGAGAAAUUUAAAAGGCAGCACACCUCUUUUUUGAAGAUAAUACACAUUUAAAAUCAUGAUUCCAAAGGCAUUGAAAUAUUUCAGCCAUUUCAACUUCUUUCAUGAGUGCCAGGAUCCAUCUUUGAUAUGUCUGGAUAAACUGAUCAUAGCCUCCAAUCUGGUGAACUGGGCUUCCAACCAAACAUGAUGUAACAGUACCAGGAUACAUUUUUCCAUACCGUAUAUCUGAGAAGGUUUCUGAAGUGCAUUAGAUUGUUUAGGGUUAGUGACUUUAUAUACACAAGCAGUUACUUAACUGUUUGACAUUACGGAUAUUAACAUGGUACAUGUGGAUAGAAUAUCCCGAUAUGAGUGAUGUAUGACUUAAAACAGGGCAAAGUGGUUUUUUUUUUAUAUAUAUACUCGGUUUUGAGCAUGAUUCUUUAUUUCCUGUGUGGUAAAUGGAAGACUUACUAUUCCCAUGAGCAAGGGUAAACUGCUACAAGCACUGAAAUGGGUAUUUAUUAAAAUUAGUACACAAAAUUACAGCUUAAUUACAAGUAUUUUCUUACAUUUAGUAAAACAGUUGAUUACAGUCCACGUUUUAUCUCCUGACUAUUGCCCCUUACAUGUAGCUUACACAAUGGGAGCUAGAUCAUUGAGCAAUUACUAGCUGCAAAAAACAGGGGUAACCCUAAGACUAAACUGCAAUGAGAAAUAGAGCAAAGCAACCUAAAGGAGGCUGAAGAUAAAACGUAGUAUGAAAUUUUUUUAAACCAAACAUAAUUUAAAAAAAAAAUCCAGUCUCGGUAGGAUUCCUAUGCCGAAAAUGUAGACAAGAAGAGCCACAUACGGAAUAGUAUUGUCUAGAUCAGGGGUAGGGGCAAAAGGUAUAUCCCAGAUGUUGUAGAACUACAAAUCCCAUGAUGCUUUGCAUGCCUUUAGAAUGCUUUAAAAGGACAAAGUAUCAUGGAAGCUGUAGUUUUAAAACAUCUGGGAAUCUACAUUUUGGGCUCUGAUGGUCUAGAUUAUUAUCACCCGCGUGUCUUCGAAAGCACAUUCAGGGUUUGAUUGAUUUGGAGUGUUAUUUUCUCUACCCUUCCCUGUGUAUUAUUCAUUUUAUAAUUUAUAUUGCACAUAGUCCAUUGUGCUUUACAAUAUCAUAAAUGGGGAAAUUUAACAAUAAAUGAGACAAUUGCAAUAUGUUACAGAAACAAUAGGUUGAUGAGGACCCUGCUUGAAAGAGCUUACAUUCUAGAGGCAGUGUGUACAAAACACAAUUGGAAGGACAGCAUUGAGGAUAGCAACCAAUUGAUGGGGUGGGAAGUGGCAGAAUUGAAAGGUGAGAGUGGAGUCUGGCCCUUUAAGAGAGGGUAAGAGAUAUGUUUGUGAAAUACAAGUUACUACAGGAGACCAUAGGCUGCUCUGAAGAGAUGGUUUUUGAGGGACUUCUUAAAUAAUUGAAGACUAGAGGAAAAUCUGAUGGUAGUAGGCAGGAUGUUUCAAAAGAGAGGAGCCGCUCACAAGAAGUCUUGCAAGUUCAACUAUGUAAUAGGGAUAGAGUUGUUUAGAGCUUUAUUGGUAUGGGUUAGUAUUUUGAAUCGAAUCCUACAGGGUACAGGAGACAAUAAAAUGAUUGACAGAGGGCAAGGGGUGAGAAGAGUGAUGGGAUUAAGCAUUAAUUAUGGACAGUAGACUGUUGUAUCCUUUAGGACACAUUUACAGUAAUCAUUGCAAGAAAUUACAAGGACAUGAAAAGCUCUUUAGUAGAAUCUUCCAUAAGGAAGGGGCCAAUAUGGGCAAUGCUUUUCAGGUGGAAUUGUCAGGAUUUAGCAAAAGACACCAAGAUUUCAAGGAUGGGCUUAUGCACCUACCAUCAACUUGUUUGGGGGUGGCCAUGGCAAAAAAGGGAGUUGAAAGUAUCAAAGAGAUGCCACGGAUAGUGGAAGUAUGUACUACUUACUAAUAAGUUCACUAUUUACUAUUACUGAUAUCUAGCUAUGCUUCCUUUUUACAUUCCCUGUAUGUUAUGCCUAGCUAUGCUUCCUUUUUACAUUCCCUGUGUGUAAUGCCUAUAUAUGCUUCCUUUUUACAUUCCCUUUGUGUUAUACCUAGCCAUGCUUCCUUUUUACAUUCCCUGUGUGUUAUACCUAGCUAUGCUUCCUUUUUACAUUCCCUGUGUGUAAUGCCUAGCUAUGCUUCCUUUUUACAUUCCCUGUGUGUUAUGCCUAGCUAUGCUUCCUUUUUACAUUCCCUGUGUGUUAUGCCUAGCUAUGCUUCCUUUUUACAUUCCCUGUAUGUUAUGCCUAGCUAUGCUUCCUUUUUACAUUCCCUGUGUGUAAUGCCUAUCUAUGCUUCCUUUUUACAUUCCCUAUGUGUUAUGCCUAGCUAUGCUUCCUUUUUACAUUCCCUGUGUGUUAUUGCUAUCUAUGCUUCCUUUUUAAAUUCCCUGUGUGUUAUGCCAAUCUAUGCUUCCUUUUUACAUUCCCUGUGUGUUAUGCCUAGCUAUGCUUCCUUUUUACAUUCCCUGUGUGUUAUGUCUAGCUAUGCUUCCUUUUUACAUUCCCUGUGUGUUAUGCCUAGCUAUGCUUCCUUUUUACAUUCCCUGUGUGUUUUACCUAGCUAUGCUUCCUUUUUACACUCCCUGUGUGUUAUGUCUAUCUAUGCUUCCUUUUUACAUUCCCUGUGUGUUAUGCCUAGCUAUGCUUCCUUUUUACAUUCCCUGUAUGUUAUGCCUAGCUAUGCUUCCUUUUUACAUUCCCUGUGUGUUAUGCCUAGCUAUGCUUCCUUUUUACAUUCCCUGUAUGUUAUGCCUAGCUAUGCUUCCUUUUUACAUUCCCCGUGUGUUAUGCCUAUCUAUGCUUCCUUUUUACAUUCCCUAUGUGUUAUGCCUAGCUAUGCUUCCUUUUUACAUUCCCUGUGUGUUAUGCCUAGCUAUGCUUCCUUUUUACAUUCCCUGUGUGUUAUGUCUAUCUAUGCUUCCUUUUUACAUUCCCUGUGUGUUAUGCCAAUCUAUGCUUCCUUUUUACAUUCCCUGUGUGUUAUACCUAGCCAUGCUUCCCUUUUACAUUCCCUGUGUGUUAUGCCUAGCUAUGCUUCCUUUUUACAUUCCCUGUGUGUUAUGCCUAUCUAUGCUUCCUUUUUACAUUCCCUGUGUGUUAUGCCUAUCUAUGCUUCCUUUUUACAUCCUUGUGUGUUAUGCCAAUCUAUGCUUCCUUUUUACAUUUCCUGUGUGUUAUGCCUAGCUAUGCUUCCUUUUUACAUUCCCUGUGUGUUAUGCCAAUCUAUGCUUCCUUUUUACAUUCCCUGUGUGUUAUGCCAAUCUAUGCUUCCUUUUUACAUUCCCUGUGUGUUAUGCCUAGCUAUGCUUCCUUUUUACAUUCCCUGUGUGUUAUGCCUAGCUAUGCUUCCUUUUUACAUUCCCUGUGUGUUAUGCCUAGCUAUGCUUCCUUUUUACAUUCCCUGUGUGUUAUGCAAUGCAUGGAGUACUGCAAUAUCCAGCACGGCAUGUGUAGGUUGUUUGGGUUACAAAUACAUUUACCAAAUUUCACUAGUAUUCCUUGGGCAAGCUUAGUAGCACACAAUUUAAAAUGUAAUAAUUGGAUAUACCUAAGGAUAUACUGUGUUACUAGGAACUUUGCAUGUAGUCACUUUGUUUCUUUUUUAAGGGGGGCCCUGAUAUAUAAAUUUAACAAGCUUUGGCAUCAUCGCUAUUUUCAAGGUGUCCUUCUUGCCCUGAUCUCUCAUUUAUGUCUCCUGCAGGCUGUAAUUUCUGUAUUUAUUUCUGCUGAGCAGUUGGAGGAUGCAGUCAAGAUUUUGGAAUCUCGAGUAUCUGCUACAUGUGAUAAUUGCAUUCCUCCUGUCUUCCUUGAAUAUUCUGAGGUGCACAAUUUGUUUCCUGGAUGUCUUAAAGAAUAUGACCUUCUUCCUGGAGGCUUCCUCAUGCAAGCCUGGCUGCCAAUUACCACCAAUAAAGCCAAUCUUGAUUUAAUGCAUCGCUGGAAGGUCCAGUGGCUCUGCUCAUACCCAUGUGAUGCAUUAGGUGAUGUCACUGGCUCAUCUGAAUUGCAUGAUGUCAAAUGUAGCUUUGAUGUCAAUAAUGGUAUCAAAAAAACAAAGCAAUCUGCAAGCAAAGAUGACCUCACUGCUUCAACUACUCCUGCACCGUCCAAUGGCUUUUUAGGAUUCCUCAGCCUUGGAUCCCCUAUGCUUCGAGUACCCUUAGGUGAAGGGAAGCACCGCCUGGAUAUAGAUAUAUUUGGAACUGACCUGUCAUUUGCCAAAAUACAUGUACUAUACCAGCUAAAGGAGGCUGUGAAGAAAUUGUCCACUGGUGGCAGUAUUAUCUGCUUUGUGUACAUAGAGGAGAGUCUACAUGCUGGGCUCAAUGACUUCUUUAAAGGGUUCACUCCAUUCAAACUCUGCAGGCAGCAACUGGUUCUCGAAAUGGACAUCAAAGCUAUUAAGAAUCUAUAAUAGUUCCAUAGUUACAUAGCUGAAAAGAGACUUGCGUCCAUCAAGUUCAGCCUUUCUCACAUAUCGUUUUGCCGUUUAUCCAAAAGAAGGCAAAAAACCCAGUCUGAAGUGCUUCCAAUUUUGCAACAAACUAGGAAAAAAUUCCCUAUUGACCCCAAAAUAGCAGUCAGAUAUCUCCUUGGAUCAAGCAUCUAUUUCCACACUAAUUAGAAAUUAUAUCCCUGUAUGUUAUGUUUUUGCAAGUAUUUAUCCAAUUGCUGUUUAAACAUCUGGAUGGACUCUGAUAAAACCACCUCUUCAGGCAGAGAAUUCCAUAUCCUUAUUACUCUUACUGUAAAAAAAACUUUUCUUGCCUUAGAUGAAAUCUCCUUUCUUCAAGCCUAAAUGUGUGACCUCGUGUCCUAUGUAUAGCCCGUUUAUGAAUAGAUUUCCAUAUAAUGGUUUGUACUGGCCCUGAAUAUAUGUGUAUAAUGUUAUCAUAUCCCCUCUGAGGUGCUGUUUUGCAAACUAAAGAGAUUUUAAUUUUUUAACCUUUCUUCGUAAAUAAAAUGCUCCAUUCCUUUUAGCAAUUUUGUGGCUUGUUUCUGCACUUUUUCUAGUGCCAUGACAUCCUUUUUUAGAACAGGUGCCCAAAAUUGCACAGCAUAUUCAAGGUGUGGUCUUACCAGCAAUUUAUAAAGAGGCAAUAUUAUAUUUUCAUCCCGAGAAUUUAUGCCCCUAUUUAUACCUUACUGGCCUUAGCAACUGCAGAUUGACAUUGCAUAUUGCUGCCUAAUUUGUUGUCUAUAACAAUUCCCAAAUCCUUCUUGUGUGUGGUUAUCCCUAAUUCACAACCAUUAAAGGUGUAAGUUGCUUGUGCAUUCUUGACCCCGAAGUGCAUAACUUUGCAUUUCUCUACAUUAAAUUUCAUCCUCCAUUUUGGUGCCCAGUCCCCCAAUCUAUCGAAAUCCCUCCGCAGCAAAGCAAAUCCCUCUGCAGCAAAGCAAUAUCCUUCUCACAAUUUAUUACUUUACUUUUCACUAUCCUUGUUGAAGUAAUAGAUUAUUGCAGGAUGUGACUUGCUAGUAUCUGUUCUAGGACAAUAACACAGUUAUACCUUAUAAACAAUGUCUCCUGCUUCUCUUUGUGAAUAGAUAUUUUUCUUUGGAACAAAGUCAUUCAUCCCACCAUGAUGCCAAAAUGUCCCUCUUUUGUGAAGUUCAAAAUAUUCCAAUUUACAGUAAUCUCAUAGGAGUGCAUUUAAUAGCUGCAUGUGAAAGAGAUACACAAAAACAUGCAACAAUAAUGACUGUAAUGUAUUUUGUGAGUGUGUAGAAAUCAGAGAGACAGAUCUUUAAACAGAUGUAUUUGUCUAAAUAACAUGCUUAGAAAUUAAACUUCUACAUACAGUAAUGUGUGGUGAGUUUUAUUACUUUGGAACUCUGUGAUUUAUUUACAUACUGUGAGAUUUAUUGCCGUGGGUGCGUUCAUAUUCUGCAUACCUCCAGAGAAUCUCAGUGAUCUCACCCAAGGAGGCGGAGCUAUGACUGACCCUGAUUAAGAUCUUACAGUGUAACACAGAGUUCUUUUACAUUGCCCAUAAAGUUUAUUUUCCAGCGGGAUGUAAAUCUGAGUAUUCCUUUUUCUCAUUAUUACUAUUUUCAUGGUGAAUGUUUUGUCCCUGAACUCUCAUUUAUGUCUUCUCUGGGCCUUUAUUUCCACAUUUAUUUCUGCUGAGCAGUUGGAGGAGGCAAUCAAGAUUUUGGAAUCUCGAGUAUUCACUACAUGUGAUAAUUGCAUUCCUCCUGUCUUCCUUGAAUAUUCUGAGGUGCACAAUUUGUUUCCUGGAUGUCUUAAAGAAUAUGACCUUCUUCCUGGAGGCUUCCUCAUGCAAGCCUGGCUGCUAAUUACCACCAAUAAAGCGAAUCUCGAUUUAAUGCAGUGCUGGAGGAUCCAGUGGUUCUACUCAUACAUGUGUGACUCGUUAGGUCAGUCCUGCACAACCUGCGGCCCCCUAGAUGUUUUUGAACUACAACACCCAUGAUUCUUUGAAUAAAACAGAUAGCCAACACCAAUGAUUCAUUUAAUGAAACAAAUAGCCAGGUAUCAUGGUUGCUGUAGUUUAAAACAUCCGAGGGGCCACAGGUUUUGCAGGCCUUCAUUAGGUGAUGUCACUGGCUCCUCUGAAUUUCAUGAUGUCAUGUGUCGUUGUGAUGUCAGUAAUGGUGGAGCAAAACCAAAACAUUCUGCAAAGAACCUCUAACUGUAUCUAAUACUCUCCUACCCUCCACAACAUUUUUGGGGUUUCUUAGACUUGGUACACCUAUGUUUCCAGCACCCUUCUCGGAUGGGAUGCACCACCUGGAUAUUGAUAUGUUUGGAACUGACCAGUCAUAUGGCAAAUUACAUGAUGCUAAUAAUGCACUGCCCACUGAGGGCAACAUUAUCUGCUUUCUGUAUGUGGGGGAGAGUCUAUGUGGUGGACACUUCAUUCUUAUUCUGCAGGGAGCAACUGGUUCUAUAAAUGGACCUCAAAGCUAUUAGGAUCUCGUGAAUCUAUCCCUGUUGUUGUGUCUGAUCAUGUAUCAGUGAUAAAGCUGUAAAUCAUGCUCAUUGUCUCUCUAUGAAUGAACACUCCUCAUUGGAACAAUGUCAUUCUGACCCUCAUUCUUUCCACGGUGCAUGUGUUUCCUGGAGUUCAAGAUGUUGAUUGUGUAUGGAUAUAGUCUAUAAACAGCUCUGUGAUAAUACAAUUUACAUAAACGUGUGGUGUAUGAGUCUAAAACAGGGGAAUGGCAUUAUAUAUGAAACAAUCUGUGUAUGAGUGACUUUUAGAACUGCACAUAAAUAACUCAAUAAAAUAUUGAAAUGUGCUACGUCUGUGUGUGACAGAGCUUCACAGCAUCAAAACACACAGUAACGGGCACACAGUAACGGGCACACAGUAACGACAGUCAAACACAAAUGACAGGAAUGAGUCUUUAAACAGUUGCAUUUGUUUAAAUAAUACUUUGAUUUUAAUUCAAACAUUGUAGCCAAUUACAUAUUUGCUGUAGCCAUCAAUAAUAUCAUAUAAACUUUUCUACACAGUGGGGGCAGAGCCUGUGGCCUUUUUUAAAUCCACUGGGUCUCCAGUCGGUAAGGCUGCACUCUGUGUAUUCUGAUACCCCAGCAGCUGAUCGGCAGAAUGUACGUGCAAUGGUUGGAGCAAUCAACCCGGUUGUCAAGAGGAAAUUUGUGGAAUCCCUCGCCUUAACUAAACUAGGCUGAGCCACGGACCGGCUUGUCUCUUGUACCUGUCUGUACACCGUUGGCUGCAUAUUCUUUGUAGUUUUUGCCACUUGGGGACAUUCUCCUAGAACUGCCACUCAAAGUGCUGUUUCUUCUCUUUUUAAAUCAAGGUUACUGUUCGACAAGUCUUUUUCUCUUUUUAGUAUAUGUGAUAUCUUAUAUAUUCAAUUUUAUUUUCACAUAUCACCGUGAUGGGAGACCUACUGAUUUAGGGUUUAUUUAACCUCCAAGGUCUUCCAUGUCAUGUUUGCCCAUUUUAUUAUCUGGCUCUUUGUCUACAUUCUAAAUCUAAGGAAAAUGGCUGUUGGAGCUUUAUUCCAUAAAACGGCAUUCCAUUAUUUCCGCUUAGCAUGUCAAUACAUGAUGUCUUGCUUUGUCUGUAUAUGUAAUGUAUCUCUUUUAAAAUCUUACUGCAGUGUCUGAUUGGAAUGAUGGAAAGUGUAAUAAAACAAACCUUUCAUACACAGUGAGGUGUGGAGCUCUGUGAUACUCUCCCAUUCUGCACAUUAUUGUUUUAUUGCUGUGGAGCUCUGUGAUACUCUCUCAUUCUGCACAUUAAUGUUUUAUUGCUGUGGAGCUCUGUGAUACUCUCCCAUGCUGCACAUUAUUGUUUUAUUGCUGUGGAGCUCUGUGAUACUCUCCCAUUCUGCAUAUUAUUGUUUUAUUGCUGUGGAGCUCUGCGAUACUCUCCCAUUCUGCACAUUAUUGUUUUAUUGCUGUGGAGCUCUGUGACACGCACACUCUGCUCAUUACAGUCAGAUUUAUUUAUUAAAGUGAGAAUUCAAAGUGAAUUUCAAAUUUAAAGUAAAACAAUUCUCUGCCAUCUCUGCCUUCAGUUCAUCUAAUCCGGCCUUAAUAGAAAUUUAAUAUGGAUACACUGUGAAUUCCCACUUAGGUGAAUAACCCUGAGUGGAGUUAUAUUGCUGUGCAUCUGGCUAAUACACUGACACUAUACACAUUGCGGAGAGUUUUAUUACUGUGGAGCUCUGUAGCACACUCAUACUCACUGCACUUUACUGUGAGUAUCAUUGCUGUGGAGCUCUGCGGGGCACUCAUACUCACUGCACCUUACUGUGAGAUUUAUUGCUGUGGAGCUCUGUGGCAAACUCAUACUCACUGCACCUUACAGUGAGUUUUAUUUCUAUAGAGCUCUGUUGCACACUCAUACUUACUGUACCUUACAGUGAGUUUUAUUUCUAUAGAGCUCUGUUGCACACUCAUACUUACUGUACCUUACAGUGAGUUUUAUUUCUAUAGAGCUCUGUUGCACACUCAUACUUACUGUACAUUACAGUGAGUUUUAUUCCUGUGGAGCUCUGUAGCAGUUAUUUGUAACUAAUAUACAAAGGACUAGUUUUCAUGCUUGUCAGUAACAAACAAGCCUUUAGGCAUUGUAAUAUCAGCACGUUUAGCUUUUUUAACUCGUUGCCAUAGCAACUCCACCAGGAUGCUACAAACUAUUUGCCUGGCGCAUGCAAACAUGCUCUGUAAUUAUCUCACUACAAUACAUAGUACUUGCCAGAUUUCACAGGUAUUUAUAGAAAACUAAAUUCAGUACACCUUAGCCUUUUGUGCUUAAACAAAAACAAUAUCGUUAUUCGCUUGUCUGAAUUCACACAGUCGGAAUAAGCAAAAUUGAUCAAGGACCAACCAAAUACAUUCUAAAUAUAAAAAAAUGGAGUGCACAAAAUAUAUGAGAUAUGCUUUUAAUGCUCCACUUUUUUUAUUUGCUCAGGUAUAUGUGCACACAAGUUUUGUAGUGUACAAUAUUUCAUUUCAAUUCUUCGUUUGAUUUCGAAUAGACACCUUUUGAUACACACUUUUGUGCAAAUACAAAAAAUUCUGGUCAUCUGGUUUUAUCCAUGUCUGAAAUUUGCAAAACAGAAUGGACUACACACUACUGUAAAGGUGGAACUGAAUGGGUGAAAUACAAAACCGAAUAAUGGAAUUACGUAGGCGAAUGUGUAAAUACAGUGAUAAGUAGACAGAACGGACAGCUGUCUGCCUGCAACUUCGGCCCACCAUAAUUUGUACAAUUCAACUGGGUUAAAUUUUCAGGUAGACUAUGUGGCGAACAGAACCUCAGCACGGGCUUUUGGAGGGGCCUGCUUGCAAGCCUCCUGCCAAAAGACCAUGGGCCAGCGACUGUAAAGACCCAUAUUUUACUCCCCCUGGUUCAGCACUUUCCAUUCGUGUGCAUAGAACCGAACGCUAGCUCCCUGGUGGCCGUUCGCAUGGACCAAAGGCACCUAGUUGGAGUGCCAGGCAGUCCACCACAUCUGGUGGCAGCGGUGGGAUGGCUUCCUAUCGAGAGGAGAAGCACCCUGGAGACACAGUCUUUAAAGUUAUAAUGGAGGGCAACGUUAGCGUUCGUGCAGCACCCCUGUCAACGGAGGAGCUCCGCAAGAUGGAGCAAGUUAGCUAAAUGAUUAGCUGUUCUGUCAUGGAGUGUGCAUACUAUUAGCUUUCUAUGACCCGGCGGCUGUGUCGGUGGAGCGUAUCCGAACCAUUGAAGCCAUGUGGAGCACUGAGUUGCAAGACAGGAGGGAAUUUGAGCGUCAGAUGGCAGAGCUGAGAACAGGGAAUGCAGGAAAGGGGACACCCAGUCUCCCUUCCCAACCCCAACUGGAAGUACCGGGAGGGAGGACAGUCGGUCCUACUCACCAGAGGCAGUACACGUCACAGGGAGAGGAGACAACUGGUCUCUCUCCCCAGCGGCAGCCAGAGGUACCCGAAGUAGGGAACCUGAUAAACUUGUCCGGGGAUGACAUCCAACGUGGUCUCUGCCCCGGCCCUACAGGGAUGCUGAGAAGCUGGCCCAGAUCCCCAACCACAGCCAGAUCUACCAGGAGUAGGGACAAUCUGUCCUACUCCUCAGCAGCAGCUUACUUUACAGGGAAAGGAGACAACCGGUCCCUCUCCCCAGCUGCAGUUUACCUUACAGGGAAAGGAGACAAAUUUCCCCAGCAGCAGCCAGAGGUUCCAGAACUAGGGGACCUGAUCAACUUGUCCGGGGAGGACAUCCAAUUGUCCGGGACAGAUGGGACUGAGGUCUCUGCCUACGCCCUACAGGGAUGCUGGGAAGCCGGCCCAGAUCCUUAACCACAGCCGGGAGUAGGGACAGUCAGUCCUACUCCCCAGUGGCAGCUUACCCUACAGGGAGAGGAGACAACCAGUCCCUCUCCCCAGCGGCAGCCAGAGAUAUCGGAAGAGGGGACAGCUGGUCCCUCCACAGGCCCUAUAGGGAUUCUGGGCAGCCAUCCCAGAUCCCCAACAGCCCCAGUGGGAAUACCAAAGGGUGGAGGUGAGCGUUUUCCCUUCUCCACAGGAGAUGCCCAACCAGGUCCUGGGGAUAGUGGAUGGGAUGGCGAUCUCCACCAAACCACAUCCAGCAGAAGAGCCGGCAUCCAGGCAGAGAGCAGCUGGCCUCUGCCCUCCUCUUUCCCUUUGUCCAGGGCCUGAAUACCCACAGGCCACCCCAGCAGAAGCGCCUGAUACAGGGCAGAGUGCCGCUAGCCUCUGCCCACCAAGAACCUACAACUCCAUGCCUGGGAGCACAAGGGAGAUCUGGGGUGAUGGACGCCCACUCAGCAGCCUGGGACAUACAGGACAAAUCAGGUCUGGUUAGUCUUACCUUGGGAGGGGAGAUAUGUGGUGAACAGAGCCUUGCCACUGGCUUUUGGAGGGGCCUGCUUGGCAGCCUCCUGCCAAAAGACUAUGGGCCAGGUCAGUGACUGUAAAGACCCAUAUUUUAUUCCCCCUAGUUUGGCACUUUCCAUUUGUGCGCAUAGAACCGUACGCUAGCUCCCUGGCAGAUGGUCGCAUGGACCAAAACUGUGAAUAGACUUCAGGGGGGCUUAGCCCCGAAUGCCCUGGAACUACUUUCAGCAUGAAGACUUUGUUCGGUCCCCAGCCGCGAUUCUAUGGAACUAUUUUGGGCAUGGGACCAUGUGUGUGGUCGGUCAAACUCCUGAAAUUCCUGAACCCUUGAACCGAUCUGGGUGAUUUUUGGAUAUGUUGGUCAUCCAGAUCGGGGCUAUCAGGGGAUGUAACUUUUGUGCGGUUUCUAUGGGUUUUGGGUAUACUUUUGGGGUGUUGUGGAAAAUUUAGUUUUUUGUGCCUGGAGAUAAUUAAGUUAGUAUCUGUAUGGGAGUGUCCUGGACCUGGGGGCCAAUGUCAUUGGUUUGUUUAAUUUUGUUGCAGGCUUCCAUCAGGUCCAGGGGGGAGUGCCUCUUGCAUGAGGAUUGUCAUAAAAGGCUGUGUGUGGCCCCAUUAAAACCAGUUGCCCCACAGCAUAGAGCCUUGUCUUAUGUUUGUGGGAGAAAGCUAUAACAGCUGUCUCCCUUCUGCUUGGAGUGCUAUAAUCACUAGCACUUGUAAGAGAUGUUCCUGCUACUGCUAUACCUGCUACACUCUCUGGAGUAGGAGAGGAUCACCUGCUGAAAGCUGGAUCCUGGUAUUGGGCCAAGCCAAGCUGUAACGCUGUAAAGUGGGGACUACUGUGUUGAUGGAGUCUGGUGGAGUGCUGGAAGUACUCGUCGUUGCUAGGAAGCAGCAAUUGGCAGAGGCACCCAGUCUAGAACUAGUUUGAUAGAUAAAUUAUUACAGAAAGAGUUAAAGGCAUACUCUGGACCCAUCCCUAAAGCACUUUAGCUUACUAUAAAUGCUUUAUGUGUGAAGAGUGUGCCCUAUUAUUUAUUUUUACAAAACGUGCAGGUUUUAAUAGAAAUUGUCACUCUUAUAAAUUAACUUGGUUAUACCCCCUGAAUGUUGUCAAUCAAGCAACUGUUCCUGUUACUUCCUGGUUGUUUUGCCUAGAGCAACUGCCUUGCAAAGACUUCUCAUUAAGCUGCUCUGUGAUUGGACAGCCACAAACAGUCUGGACUGGGGAAAAGGAGAGAGCUUGCAAAGGCUGCAGACAAGAGAUCUUUUGCAAACAGUAUUUGGAUAUACCUCCAAUAAAAAAAAUGCAUAUCAAAUGUCUUGUAUGUUUUCAUAUGGCAUAUAUCUACUGAAGAGUGUUUUUUUUUUUAAUUUUAUUUUUUUUAUAUAUUUUGUAUUUAUGCAGUGGAGUGACCUUCUUCAUUGAGAAGUCUAAUAUUUCCCAAUAAUUAAAGCAGAGUUAUUACGAUGUAUAAAUGUAUGUUAACUUAUUAUAAGUAUUAUAAGGUAUAAGUUCAUUAUAUUUUGCCAAUUACUAUUGUAGUCCUCUACCUCCUGACUGUUGUGCUGUCAGGGUCAGUAGGCUAUGACUGGGGGUUUUUGAAGACAUUCCUGCAAAAAGCAGGUGGAUUUAUCUAGCAAAUUUGCCUUGUAUCAGAUUUAAACAGAGUUAAUCUGGUAGAAAUUUCGUGUAUAUUAAAUGAUUGAUAUGCAUUUAUUAACGCUCAAGUUUGAUCAAUCAUUGGUAAUUAUUUGUUACUUUUGUUAAUUUCUUAAUACCUCUCACAAUAAUGAGCAGUUAAUAGCUUUAAUUUGCAAUUUUAUUGUGAUGUAUAAGAAUUCUGAAAGUGACCCCAUCAUAAUAUCUGCUUCCGCUCACUCAUUUUAUAAAGGGUAAAUGUGACUAACAUGUCUAUAUAUUCCUGUUAACACAUUUUUGGGUGGGAAAGAUGGAGUCUUAUAUUUUGGAACUGGAAAAGACAGCAUCAAAGGAUGGGUAAUGAGUAAUGAGUCGUGAUUUGGAGAUCCAGAAGUUGAUUGUCUAUUAAUUACCAUGUUAAUUAUUCAUAUGAUUACUAAUCACCCUGCAGCUUCCAGUCCUUGCUCCACGCAAUCAAAUUUGGUGUAUUUUAUUCCUAUAUUUUAUAUAGGGUUUACAUGUGUGAAGUACUAAUUUCAAUGCAGACACUGCAUUCUCCCCCCCCACCUCCAAAUAACAUCUUCACUUGUGUGCCUCUUAACCUCCCUUUUGUGUUUCUUAUCCUCUCUUUUAAAUGUCUUACCCGCUUUAGUGUAUCUUAUCUUCAAAUUUUUACCCAUUGUGUGUCUUACAACUCCCUUGUGUAUAUCUUACAACCCUCCUUGUGUGUCUCUUAUCCCCGGGGGCGGCUCUCUAAUUAGGUGGUUUAGGCGGCUACCUAAGGCCUCGCGCUGGCUGGGGCCUUGCGGCCGCCUAAAUCGCCUGAGGGCAGACUGUGUCGGGUCCUCGGUCAGUGACCAAGGACCCGAUGGCUUGCCCGGUAUGCCGCCAGGUGCGAGGCCCCUUCUGGCUGCCCGGCCAGUUACCGCAGACACCCGUCUGCAGCUCCACAGUGAGUAGAGCUGCAGACCAUGUGUCUCGCGAGAGCUGGCCAAUUAGAGCAUUGCCGCACGUUACCACAGCAACGCUCUGAUGAUCUUGUGAGAUUACAUGGUCUGCAGCUCUGCGCAGCUACAGACCGGAAGCAAUGGCCACGGACCACCAGGGAGCCCACUGGACCACCAGGGAAGAAAGAGUAUGUUAUCUCCCCCCUCUCCCCAUCAGACCCCCUCUUUCUCACAUUACCCCCCUUCCUUAACCUCACCGCCCUCGGCAUCACCCCCCUCACUAUCACCCGCCUCACCACCCUCAGCAUCACCCCCCCUCACUAUAACCACCCCACCACCCUCAGCAUCACCCCCUCACUAUCACCCUCCCUCACCCUCAGCAUCCCUCACCACCCUCAGCAUCACCCCCCUCACCCAUCACCACCCUCAGCAUUACCCCACCCCUCCUCACCCCCUCACCACCCUCAGCAUCACCCCACAUCACCCCUCCACCCUCAGAGCAUUACCCCUCACCAUCACCCUCCCUCAGCAUCACCCCCCUCACCAUCAGCCAUCACCCCCUCCCUCAACAUCAUCCCCCUAACAUCCCUCCCAUCACCCCCCUCACCCUCCACAUCACCCACCCUCACCAUAAACCCCCCUCCCUCAACAUCACCUCCCUCUCCCUGCCACCAUCACCCUCUGUCACCAUCACCCCAUGUCACCAUCACCCCCUCUCCCACUCACCAUCACCCGCCUCUCCCUCUCACCAUCACCCACUCUGCCUCUCACCAUCACCCACUCUCCCAUCACCCACUCCCUCUCAUCAUCACCCAUCCCCAUACACACAACACACUUCAAGCAGCUAUCUCAUACACAUAGGGUCCCAGACAAAAACACAAACAUGCUCACAGAGACAUUCUCAGGCACGUACACAGGUAAACUGUGCAUCAAUAUGUAUAUGUGAAAGUGUGCAUGUAUUGCAACUCUAUUGUUUUCACAUUUUUGUUAGUGGGGCCUCAUGUUUGAGUUUCGCCUAAGGCCUCAUAAAGUCUAGAGCCGCCUCUGUUUGUACUCCUCUUUGUAUCACUCUUACAUUCUCCCACAUUUUGUGUGUCUUACUCCUCCCAGCCCAUUUGUGUGACUCCUAUUCCAGCCCCUUUGUGUCUUUUGCUCUUCCCAACUCCUUUGUGUGUGUCUCUUUUACCCCCAGCCCAUCUGUCUCCCCACCCAGCCCCUAUGUGUGUAUUUUUCCCCUUCUCAAGACCCAUUGUGUGUUUCUUUCACAUAGCCCCUCCUCCUCCAUUAGUGGUCUCCUCCCUUUCCUGUCCCUUAGUGUUCCUCUCCACUCCCUGCUCCUUUCCCUGUCCCUUAGUGUUUCUCUCCCCUCCCCUCCCUGUCCCUUGGUGCAUCCCCCACCCCCUUAAUGGUACCCUACCCUGGUGUGUGCCUCCUACCUCGCUUGUAGCAUGGCUGAGCGGAUCCCCAUACAGGAGCUUCAGUUUUCUGUACCCGGCCAGACUGAUAGGAAGUGCUCUCUCAGUGAGCACUUCCUGUCAGUCCGGCCGGGUACAGGAAACAGAAGCUGCUGUACCGGGCUCCACUCCACCACGCUACACUCAGUGGUGUAUACACACUGACAGUCACACAAUCAAUGACAAAACACACAGACGUCACUGACAGACACAAACUCACUGAUCUGACACACACUCAUUCAUUGACAGACACACACGCGCACACUGACAGACACUCAUUGACAGUCAUACACAGACUUAAUAACAAACAUACUCUCACCGAUUUGAAAGACACUUAAAACACACACUGACAGACACACACGCACACUGGCAGACACACGCACACACUCACAGACACACACACUCAUACACUCACUAAUUAUUAAUAUUUUUAUAAUUAAUCAUUUUCCACCCACCUGGAGAGCUGCUGUCCCUGGGGUCCAUUGGGGCUGCUGGGAGGCGUGUGGCUGUGUUUGAAUUCAAGGUGGCGAGGGAGCUGUGAUCUCCCUCCUCUGCUCCCCCGUGCCUUUGCGGUCAUAUUCUGGCUCCCACGGCAUCAGCAAGCAGCGCGCGAGGAAGCAGAGCAGGGAGAUCAGAGCUCCCUCGCCACCUCGGAUUCAAACACAGCCGCAUGCCCCGCCGGGGGUCCAUAAUAUGGUAGGAGGGAGCGCUUCCCUCCUGCUGGUCACUAGAAUCUUGCCCCCCCACAGCCGGUGCACCCUAAGGCGGCUGCCUGUGCUGCCUUAUGGACGCGCCGACCCUGAGAGCAGGCACAAUAUAGCAAGGUAACAUCGGAUGAAGAAAGCUUAUUCAUUUGAAAUAACUCAGGUGUGAAACACCUUUAAAAAAAAACAUGAGAAUUGCAAAUUCUGUUGAAAUUCAGGCAUAUUAAUACACUUUUACUAAUGCAGACUGUGUUCGAUCCUUACUGAAUAACCCUGUCAAUGUAAUUUUUAAUAUAAAGUACAUUGAAACUUCGCAGUUGUUAACUUGUCUUUUUCUCUUGACACCUAGAUAGGGCAGGUGUAAUUUUAAACAGAACGGGGCCAGGUGGUAAUUUAUACUGUCUAGCAAAGAAACCAGGUGUUACAUAGCAUUAUCUAUAAUUUUCUGCACAAGACAUUAAAACCUUCGUCAGCUGCUAAUUACCAGUCAUUAGACAUUACAAACUGUAGCUUGAAAACAGCCGAUAAUCCACAACAAUAGCAUUGGCCAAUUUAGCAAUUACCGACUUGUUUCCAAAUGGUUGUGACGAGAAUUGAUCCAAAAAAACUUGUUAUACUUUUUGAAAAAAAUAAAGGCAUAAUAUAUCACCAGAUUCUGGAGAUAAAUUUAUUAAAACUGAAUUUUAGUUUUAUUGUUAUAUUUCUGCAGGAAACAACAACCGUGAUUGACUCGAUGCGUAAAUAG